AAUGCUAGAAUGAGGUGUGAAAGGAGGCAAAUGUAGAGCAUGAGUUGCUGUGUUUAUGUGUAUGUGUAUGUGUAUGUUAUGUUCUUACCAACUAAGGAAUCAAAGUAUCUUUGUUGGGGUUUUAGACUUGUAGAGAAACAAGAAGACCUACAAGGGUCAAAAACAAGAGAGUGACAUAGUCAAAAUGGUCUUUUAGAUUUUAUCUAUCAUAGCAAAAAAGAUAAUGUGGUUGCUGGAAUCAUCUAAUAAGAACAUUACAAAAUCGUGCUGCUGGUUUAAUUCCGCUUUUGUAGCUUGGUAGAUCAGGCUGCAACUUGAGGUUUAGCUUGAUAAUUGGACAUGAAUUUGUUGGUGAGAACAUGCUCGCGCCAAGGGAAACCGACAUUCCUGCUUUAUUUUUGGUCUUGGUUGUGCUUCCCCUGGUUUCUUAUAUUCUUCUAGGCAAAUGGAAUGAGGCAGCCAAAAAGAAAGAAAGGGUUGGUCUGCUGGCUCAACGGGCUGCUGAAGAAGCACAUAAGUCACAAAUUAUGCCUGCUGUAAGUAUUACCCCUAUCCCUCUUGUGCCUUUGCCAAGCAGCGGAAUUCAUCAAUGUGCAAGAUGCCAUAGUCCAGCCACAACUCGCUGCUCUCAAUGCAAAUCUGUUCGAUAUUGCUCAGGGAAGUGUCAGAUUCUCCAUUGGAGACAGGUUCACAAGCUAGAGUGUCUUCAAUUGGGUAACAACUGCAACAGCUCAGUCUCUAAGCCUAUGUUGGCUGAUGAAUUCCCGGAACGGGUGUCAUUUGAUAGCUCUAUUGAAGUGCAGUACAGCGACAACAACCUAAAUCAGUCAUGGCUUGGGAAAACUUCUCCAGAUGGUGUCACUGAAACACCCAUUGUCACACCAGUUUCUCAUAUUGCUGUUAGUGUGGCAACGGAUACACCAGGAGCUCCAAAAGUUGGGAGACGAUCCAUAGACAAGAGAGUACAUAAAGGCAAUAGAGACAUAUUAAGAAGAGGGGACGGAACCAUGUCCGAGAGUUCUGAACGAGCCUCUCAAUCUAGGUCAAGAGAAAGUGAUUGCAUGCUUUCGGAACAUGAUACUAUUGCGGAUGGGUUCAAUAGUGAACAUGCUGAUUUGAUGAAUACAAUGGGAGAAAGCCAUAUGUUACAAAAGCAGAGAGAACGCAUCUCAAGAAAUCAUCGUCACGUUUCAAGUUCAUUGAACCUAGAAAGCCAUGAAACUAGUGCAAGCAAGAAUCAGAAGGAGUUGAUUGAUGAAGAAAGUCUUACAAGAGAAGGCAUCGUUACCGGCAGUCCGGCAAUUCCAUUGAACUGUUCUUCUGGAAAGACUAUAGCAAGAAGAAGCAAUAGAGCUAAAAGUGCUUCACAUUCUCUAGGAGCAAAGUCCCAUAAUAAGAUGCCAAAAACAUCAAGAGAAGAAAUGUGUUCAGGUUUGGAAGUGAAAGACCAGAAUAUCGAUGAGCCAAAAAAUGCUAGAAGAAAAGAGGCAGUCCCUCCACAAGCAGGCAGCGGGGUUGCAAACUUGGGAAUUAUGAGAAUGUUAGGUCUGGCUAAAUCAUCAAAAGUUGACAGACAUCAAUCAUUAGAAUCCAAGGCAGACAAACACAAGAAACUAAAGAUGCUGUUUCCGUAUGAAGAAUUUGUGAAGUUAUUUGAAUAUGAAAACUUCACUUUGUUGCCUAGAGGUCUCAUAAAUUGCGGAAAUAGUUGUUAUGCCAAUGCUGUGUUGCAGUGUCUGAUGUGCACAAAACCUUUAACAGUCUACCUACUUCACAGAUCACAUUCUAGAACUUACUGCAGGAGAGAUUGGUGCCUCAUGUGUGAACUUGAGCAACAUGUGAUGACUUUAAGAGAAAGUGGAGGUCCUCUGUCACCAAACAGGAUUCUUUUGCAUAUGCGGAACAUUAAUGGUCAAAUUGGAAAUGGCAGUCAGGAAGAUGCUCAUGAGUUUUUAAGGUUUCUUGUUGGUUCUAUGCAAUCUAUAUGUUUGGAGGCAUUAGGUGGAGAAAAUGCUGUUGAUCCCAGAUUGCAGGAAACAACCUUUAUACAACUCACUUUCGGAGGGCGACUCAGAUCUAAGGUCAAAUGCCUGAGAUGCCACCACGAGUCUGAGUGCUAUGAAAAUAUUAUGGAUCUCUCAUUGGAGAUCUUUGGUUGGGUUGAGUCACUAGAAGAUGCAUUGACACAGUUUACAAGCCCGGAAGAUCUUGAUGGGGAAAAUAUGUAUAGAUGUGGAAGGUGCUCUUGUUAUGUCCGUGCACAAAAACAGUUGAGCAUACAGGAGGCUCCAAAUAUCUUAACUAUUGUCUUGAAGAGAUUUCAGUCAGGAAGUUAUGGGAAGAUAAAUAAAUGCAUCACAUUUCCGGAUAUGUUGGAUAUGAUCCCAUUCAUGACUGGGACAGAUGAUAUUCCUCCACUUUACAUGCUUUAUGCUGUUGUUGUGCACUUGGAUACCUUAAAUGCAUCAUUUUCUGGGCAUUAUAUAUCCUACGUGAAGGAUCUGCACCUACGAGGCAAUUGGUUCAGGAUUGAUGAUACUGAGGUACACCCUGUAUCCAUGAGCCAGGUGAUGUCGGAAGGAGCAUAUAUUUUAUUUUAUAAGAGAUCAUCUCCACGUCCAUCAAGAAAGAUGAGCCGAAGACAAGCUCCUGGAAUUGUCAAGCACUGUCCACCAAAAUCAACAAAGACUUCUAGGCCAGAGCAUGUGUAUGUUGGUGUGGAUCCUUAUAUGAAUCAUAGGCCGGAAAUGAACAGUGACAUAAUCGAUUACACCUCUGGUGGACUCGUCAAGAAUGCUAAUAAAAAUAGGCUGCCUGUUGUGGGAACCUAUACCGAGUCAAUGACUGCAGAGUUUUCUGAUGCUACAUCAAGUGAUUGGUCCAUCUUCACAAGCUCAGAUGAAGCAUCAUUCACCACUGAGAGUACCAGAGACUCUUUCAGUACUGUUGAUUAUGCGGAUGCUGCCGAUCCAUUCUCUUCGAUCAUCAACAGCUUAUGCGCAUCAGAGUAUUCAUCUAACAGAACCGUCGCGUGUAGUAUGUUUUCAAGUAGUAAGCCGCAUACAAGAUUCUUUUCAGAAAGGAAGGGUUCUGUUUUGGAUUCAACUGUCGAGCCUAGAAUUCCGAGACAGGUCACGGUUCCUUAUUCUGAAGGUUUUCAUAGUGAUAGUAGUACCAGUGUACAUGUAAAUUAUGGUAGUGAGCCUGCAUAUGGACAAACUUACUUUCCAUCUCAUGUCUAGUUUCUUGAAAUUCCUAGUCAUUAUAUGUCGAAUUAGCUAGGUGCAAGUUGUGCUUCUGUUUUGCAAAUCAAUAUUUUAUUGAAUGGAAGCACAUCAAUCAUUUGCCAAUUCAA